AUGAUGACCCCCAGUUCCCUUAAGCUGGAGCCUCUUACCAUCGAGGACAACCCGGCCCUCACCGACUUGUUCUUUGCGGCUUUCACCGACCCGGAGUUACAACACGUGUUUCCCAACACGCCAGGCGUGCGCAAAUGGGUGGAGGAUGCCAACGCCCACGAUAUCCUUAAUAAGCCUUUCCAGCGAUACAUGAAAGUGAUAGAUACCGAAUCGAAAGAUGCCCAGGGCCGGCCGCGGAUAGCCGCAUAUGCCAAAUGGGACUUAUCCAUGCCCGAAGAACGAGGCCGCCGAUAUCCCCCGUGGCAUGAAGAAAUGCCCGGUGAGCUUUGCGAGGCAUUUUUCACGAAGGAGGAAGCGAAUAGGAAGCGAGUCAUGGGAGCGACGAAGCAUUUUUACUUAGAUACGGUUGCUACGCACCCGGACUAUCAACGGCGAGGGGCUGGCUCCUUGCUUGUCAAAUGGGGCUGCGAUCUGGCCGACGCUGAGGGUGUUCAGGCGUAUGUGGACGCCAGCAAGGACGGUGCACCUUUGUAUGCGAAAUUUGGAUUCGUGGAUUACAGCAAUCCUGGCGAAGAGAUUGCGUCAAUGGCUCGAAAGUAG